CGUGCGUUUUCUCAUCUCUCAAUACAAAGCGGGAGUUUCCGUGUUAACAGAAGAGACCCCGCCAGUGUCCUUUUUGGGAGUUCGAAAUGCUCCGGGGGACCAUAAGGUACAGUCCGUAAUGGAACCUCGCACGAAGGACGCACAUGGACCACUUGACAGCGACAAUGACGCGGACCCUGACUGUACUCGCUUGCGUGUUUACUUUCGUCCAAAGCGGCGCGUGUGCGGACGCGGAGGAGCGGCUGAUGAACUGGCUGCUGGGUAAAGGCCGCUACAACAAGCUGAUCCGGCCGGCGGUCAACCGCACCGAGCGCGUCACCAUCCUCCUGCAGGUGUCCCUGGCCCAGCUCAUCAGCGUGAAUGAACGAGACCAGGUGAUGACCACCAACGUGUGGCUAACUCAGAACUGGAAUGAUUACCGUCUGUCCUGGAACCCGGCGGAGUACGAGGGCAUCGACAAGCUGCGCAUCCCCUCCCGCCACAUCUGGCUGCCCGACAUCGUGCUCUACAACAACGCUGACGGCACGUACGAGGUGACGGUGUUCACCAACGCCAUCGUGCUCUUCAACGGCAGCAUCGCCUGGCUACCGCCGGCCAUCUACAAGAGCGCCUGCAAGAUCGAGGUCAAGCACUUCCCCUUCGACCAGCAGAACUGCACGCUCAAGUUCCGCUCCUGGACCUACGACCACACGGAGAUCGACCUGGUGCUCAAGUCCGAGGUGGCCAGCAUGGACGACUUCACGCCCAGCGGCGAGUGGGACAUCCUGGCGCUGCCCGGGCGGCGCACGGUCAACCCCAACGACCCCACCUACGUGGACCUCACCUACGACUUCCUGAUCAAGCGCAAGCCGCUGUUCUACACCAUCAACCUCAUCAUCCCCUGCAUCCUCAUCACCUCGCUGGCCAUCCUGGUCUUCUACCUGCCGUCGGACUGCGGCGAGAAGAUGACCCUGUGCAUCUCCGUGCUGCUGGCGCUCACCGUCUUCCUGCUGCUGAUCUCCAAGAUCGUGCCGCCCACCUCGCUGGACGUGCCGCUGAUCGGCAAGUACCUGAUGUUCACCAUGGUGCUGGUCACCUUCUCCAUCAUCACCAGCGUGUGCGUGCUCAACGUGCACCACCGCUCGCCCAGCACCCACACCAUGCCCGCCUGGGUCAAGCUGGUGUUCCUGGUCAAGCUGCCCGCGCUGCUCUUCAUGCGGCGCCCGCACAACAGCUCGGCGCGCCAGCGGCUGCGCCAACAGAGGCGGGCGCGGGAGCGGCGCGGGCUCCUGGGGCUGAGCUACGGCGGGGCGCCAACGCUGCCCUCCGUGCCCGCCAUCUCGGCCUCGUCCGCCGCGCUGCUCACCUCGGCCUUCUCGUCGCCCGGCCACUUCUACAAGAGCGCCGCCGCGUCGGCCGCGUCCGCCAGCCUCGGCUUCAGCGCCCAGGCGCCAGGAAGGUGGGGCUCUAACGUGGACGAGGCGGUGGACGGAGUGCGCUAUGUAGCUGACCGCAUGAUGGGGGACGACGAUGACCAGAGCGUGAUCGAGGACUGGAAGUACGUGGCCAUGGUGGUGGACCGGCUCUUCCUGUGGAUCUUCGUGAUCGUGUGUGUGUCGGGGACGCUGGGGCUCUUCCUGCAGCCGCUCUUCCAGAGCCACAUCGUGCCGCUGCCACACACCGAGGCCGCCGGCAGGAGCGGCAUGUGA